AUGAGUAUUCCAUCUACCUUUGAUGGUGUGAAAGCCCACCUGACCCAAGUCCUCGAGAACCCUUCGACACCGUUGGACAUCCCCCUCAUCGAGAAGCUGAAGCUGCAACUGAUUGAGUCGACUGAUCCAGUGGUCCCUUCCACUCUUUUAUCACAAAUCUCAGCUCUUCUGCCCAUUUUACAAGAAGAUCCUACACCCAUUACCACCUUAGCUAUCAGAGCCACAGAAUAUUUCAGUUUCACUAAUCUCCAAUCUCUUGAGCCUCCAAUCAACCUCAUCGCCGGAUUCAAGGCUCCUUCGCCCCCGAUUAAUCUUCUUGCAUUGUCGUUGCUAGCUAAAGCCGGACAAUCAUCGAGUGAAGCAGCUAUAGUUGCUGCGGACCCCACUUUGGUGGCUUCACUUGUUGAGUUGUGGCUCUCAACUGCUUCCACAGAAGUCGCACAAGCUGCACUUGAUACAUUAUGGGUGUUAUUGGAGAUUGAUGCCGCAAGCCAUCUUGAGAACGGGGAACACGAAUAUGCCAACGAUGGAAGCCAUACAGGCCAGGGUCUGUUUUGGAGGAGGGUGUUCACAGACAAAGACAUUUAUGGCCUGCUUUUCGGAUUAUGCAGCCUCCAAUCCGAUGCACCUGGCGAGCUGUCGAAGCGUGAACGUACUAUUGCUCAAGGGAGAUUGAUGGCACUUCUGACCAAGGCUGGGAAGCUGCGCUGGGACAUCAUUUCAACAUCCCAAGUUUCAGAAAUUGAAGCUAAAUACCAAAGCGCCAGUCUUCUACACUUUGCAGCACGUCAAAUGGUUCAAAUUAGUGAUACAUUGAUGCACAUGACCCUUCUCGCCUUUUUCUGCGAUUUGCUGGAGAUCGAUGGUCCCGGUCUUGUCGCUCGAAGUCAUGUGCAGUCUGCCUCGACUUUUACAUCCCCUGCUCUCGAGUUCCUAAUCGAACAUGAGGUCCACUCAAACAUGCUCUCGCUCUACCUGAAUGAGUCAAAACUGGAUGCGGUGGAUUCUCUUUACCUUUAUGGUCCUAUCAUGGCAUAUGUGGCUCGGUAUGCCGAGCUUUAUCCGAUCCACCUCUUGCAGAACCCGCCGUCUGUGCUCGACGAAAUUAUCUCCCGAAUCAACAGAUCUCUCACGAUUUCCGCUACACAAUGGGCACAUGGAGAAGUUCCCACGGGCCACCUGGCCAUUUUAGCCUCACUACCCCGAACUCUUCUCGUAGAAGCCGGUAAACAUGGCCCCAAUCCUGUUCUGGCAAUCCCCAUCAACCCUCCAAGCGCGGAAGCUUUGGAAAUACUCGCGAAGAUUUUCCAUGGACCACUCCGGACCCAGAUAUCCAGAUCGAUGGACUUGAAUACCUCUGGUCAAACACCAACUGACUGGGAGCACGAAGCAGCUGCAGCACGCAUUCUGUACUUCCAAUAUCUCAACAAACACCCCAAUUUCUGGAACGGGAUCGUGGGUGCUGCUGAUAUUUUAGUGAUGAAAGAUGUCGCCUUGUCAGCCAUAACUUUCAUGCGGGCCAUUGCGACUGCAAACUGGAAGUCACUGAGUCCGGCGCCGCCUCAUCCCCAUGUGUCACGAUUCCAACUGCCCUCUGAAGAGGAUCUAGGUCGACUUUCUCCUGCUGCUGGAGGAUUGCUACCGACUUCAGGCGCAUGGGCAAUCCUUACGCCACCUGCACUGACUACUCUUCUCCCAUACUUGUUUAAGCCCCCUAAAACCUACGCUGACUUUGUCGGGGGCGGCGCAGGCGACGCCCAGAGUGUGGUUUGGAAAGUGGCAACUGCCAAACAUGAUGUUCUCGUCGCGCUACUCAAUCGAUUAGAAGAGACAGGCGGCCAUGCAGAAGGAUUCGAGGACAUUAUGCGGACUCUACAACAACGUGUGAACGAGGGUCCAUGGGGUCCUGCCCAGAGCUCAGGUACCCAAGUACUGACUACUGGGCUCUGA